GAGACCAUCAAACUUUCUUACCUUUCACUUUCCUCCAAUCCUUUACGAAGUAUCAUCAAGCAUGCUAGAGGAUUGUUCAAACAGAGCACGCGUGGUCGAGUAUCUAUCCUUAGGGUAGACAGAUACGGCAAUUGGCAUGAAUCUGGAGGAAUUGUGAAACGCUCAGUGGAUAGCGUUCAUUUACCGUCUAAUAUCAAAGAAAGGUUGUUAGAAGACGCCAAGAACUUUUUAUCACCCGAAACACGAAGAUGGUAUGAAGAUAGAGGGAUUCCUUAUCGUCGUGGUUAUUUGUUGCACGGUGUACCGGGAAGUGGAAAGUCAAGUUUAUGCCACGUAUUGGCAAGUGAAACUGAUCGACCAAUCUACAUUCUCAACCUUAGUGCUGCGUCAAUGGAUGAUGAAGAGUUCAAUGAGCGUAUGGGCGAAAUACCAGGAGGUGCUCUUGUUUUGAUUGAAGAUGUUGAUGCUGCAUUUGUGGAUAGAGAAGCAUCGAUCGAAAGUCAAACAAAAGGCAAAAGAGGCGGUGGCAUUUCAUUCUCUACAUUACUCAAUGCAAUAGACGGCAUUGGAGCAAUACAAGGAAGAGUGUUAUGCUUGACAACCAAUCACAUCGAUAAACUCGAUCCAGCUUUGAUCAGACCAGGCAGAAUCGAUUUACGAUUUGAAUUCAAAAAUGCAAACCAAGAACAGGCAAAAGAAUUAUUUUUACGAUGGUACAUGCCACGACAUACUCAAAGCAAUGAGGAAGUCGAUGAAAAAGACCAAGAAUCAAAGGUUGUACAAGCAUUGGCUGAUCAAUUCGCCGGGAAGAUUAAAGCGCACAGCCUCAGCGUGGCUGCCAUCCAAGGUUUCCUGCUAAGUUGUGGGAAAGAUUAUCAAAAAGCGGUGAAGGAUAUCGAUGGCUGGAUGGAAGAA